AUUAGCUGUAGUCCUGGUCAACAUGUCAAGCCGUCUACCGCAAGCAUUCCUCCUCUUCUCUGCUGGGCUGAUGGCAAGGAAUUUCUAAAAUCCGAGGCCCAAUAGGUUGCAGCUAUGAGUGACUGGUCUUACCUGUCUCGUCUGCUGGACAAAGUUCAGUCUCACUCCACCGUGGUGGGUAAGAUCUGGAUGAGUGUCCUGUUCCUCUUCAGGAUCCUCGUUCUGGGUGCUGCCGCAGACAAUGUCUGGGGAGACGAACUCUCUGACUUUGACUGUAACAACCAGGAGCCGGGAUGUCAACACGCCUGCUAUAACUGGAUGUUUCCCAUAUCCUACAUCCGUUACUGGGUCCUCCAAAUCAUCUUUGUGUCGACACCUACCCUGGUCUACCUGGGCCACGCUGUCCAUGUUGUUCACCGAGAGAAACGAAUCAGAGAACACCUGCAGAAUCAAACAGAAGGAACCAUGCACCUGAAGAAGCCCAAAUAUACAGAUGACAGAGGGAAAGUGAAGAUAAAAGGCAUCCUCUUACGUAGCUACAUAAUCCAGCUGGUCUGCAAAAUCAUCCUGGAGGUGGCAUUUGGCGUUGGCCAGUACUACAUCUUCGGAUCCGUCUUCAUGGUCUCCCAUUUCCACUGCAAACAGAGCCCACCUUGCUCCCUCUCCAGUGGCGCCGAGUGUUAUGUAUCUCGUCCAACAGAGAAAAGCAUCUUCAUCAUCUUCAUGCUGGUGGUGGCUGCUGUCUCUGUGCUCCUCAACAUCAUUGAAAUCAUCUACCUCCUGUGUGCCAGGAACAGGGAAUCCAAGAAAGAGCGCAUGGCUGAACAGCUUGCAGUGAAAUUACAGCAGGACGCGCACAACCCAGCAUGGAGCGACAAUUUUGCCAAUAAACGCCGAGUGUUUGAAUCAUUGCCCUCUCCUCAUAAUCCAGCAGACAUCCACAUUGAUGAGACCUGCACUGAUUUUAUCAAAGAGAAACACACAUGAUGACUGUUAGACUGGGCAUUGUAGCUGGCAUACUGUACUUGAACUGCUGUGUGAAAGUUAAAAAGUUAUAAUUUGCUCUCGACAAUUUGCAGUUGCUUUUAUACAAUUAAUAUCCACUUGAUUAUGUGAAAUGUUCCAUAUUGCACACUUUCCAAAAAUUUGUUUUCAUAUAUGUACAAUUUUUUGUAUCAUGUUUUUCUAAUAAAUAUUUCACCAAAGUGUUACUUAAUUAGUUAAACUGAGUGAAUUGAAGACCCAGUCCUGAUAAUACUGGGCCCCAAUGAUGUAAACCAGAUGUAAAAUGUGAUGCUUUUACUGGACUUGGUCUGAAACUGUUUGGAAAAAAGGGCUGAUUAUUGAAAAUGCAAUGACCUUUAAUUUAACCAUUCAGCCAAAUUUAACAUUUAAUUAUAUGUUUAUUUAAAUGGAAGGGAAUUUGAUCUUGUUUAAUAGAAGGCCUUUAACGGCUCUCUUCUACUUUUACCUUGUGUUAUUAUUGUCUGCGUCAUGUUCUUAAUAAUACAUUGUUUUUAUACUGACAAUAAAGAUAUGACAAUGUGCUGCAGUGAAUGUGCAUUUCCUUUGA